AAAUCAGGUUUUUCGAUUAUCAUAUAUUAUAUACUGUAUAUAUAUAUAUUUAUACAGACACAUACACGCACGUAUUAUGAAAGGCUUAAGGUGGAUGAAAGUUGACGGUUGUUGUAGAUAGACGAUGUUUAAGUGUUCCCUUAAAAUUAAAAUAGCGUAAAUAAAACAAAUAUAAAUAAAGCACGUGCCCGAAGCCAGGGUACCGAAAUAACACGGUGAAUAAAGUAAUGGGAACAAGUAGCUCGAGAACCAUGCCUCCACCAGUUAUUUUAUCAAAUACUGCCAAACAAACAGCUACUAUUAUAUUUCUUCAUGGUCUUGGAGAUACUGGGCAUGGCUGGUCGUCAAUAUUUUCACCAUUUCGUGCAUCUCACAUAAAAUAUGUUUUUCCUACAGCGCCAACAAUUCCAGUGACAAUAAAUGCAGGUUUUUCAAUGCCUGCUUGGUUUGAUUUAAAAAGUAUUAGUUUACAAGGGCCUGAAGAUGAAGAAGGCAUAAGAAGUGCAACUGAAAAAAUUCAUCAAAUGAUUGAAUACGAAGAAAGUAAAGGCAUUCCCUCCAAUAGAAUCAUAAUUGGUGGAUUUUCGCAAGGUGGUGCUCUUGCUCUGUAUUCAGCUUUAAGGUAUAAGAAAACACUUGCUGGAAUUAUUGCAUUUAGUUGUUGGCUACCUUUGCAUACAAAUUUUCCUCAGGAUGCUCUUGGUAAUAUGAACACACCCAUGAUCCAGUGCCAUGGAGAUUCUGAUCCUAUAGUCCCAUUUGAAUUUGGUCAAUUGACAUCUGAAUAUAUAAAGAAAUUCAUGUCAAAUACAAAAUUUAAAAUAUAUCCCAGUAUGAUGCAUACAUUUUGUGAAGAGGAGUUAAAAGAUACAAUAAAUUUUAUUAAUCAAUAUUUACCUCCUGUUAACGAAAGUGAAGAUUCAGAGAGCUGUCAAAGUACAAAAAAAUAGUUUAAAAGUAAUAAUUGUGCCUUCUGUUGUUAUAAUUUGAGAACUUUGAUCCAAAAUUAAAAGUUUUUUGAUUAAGAAAUGUUAAGUUUAAGUUAUGAAGAUGUUUAUCAAGAAAAUGAAAUUAUAAACAUUGUUAACAUUAAAAAUCUGAAUUUGUUUUGAU